AAUAACGUGGAAUGAUGAUAUAUUCUUCGAUGAGUAUGACUGCGCGACGAAGGACAAGUUCACGAUGAUCGUGCACGGAUGGAAGGAGAGCUGCCAAACGGAAUGGGUUGUUGAUAUGCUGUCAAAUUUUACGGUUCUUCGAGGAGGAUGUAUCAUCUGUAUGGACUACAGUAAGUACUCUAUGACGGAAGACUACUUCGGAGCGCUUGUACCCAAAUUUGAACUGGUGGUGGACGCUUUACUCGGGAAGCUGAAGGAAGUGGAGAAUAGAGGUUUCGAUCCAGCGAACGCGCACCUGUUCGGGUUCAGUUUCGGCGCUCAGGCGUCAAUAGAAGCUGGCAGGCGGUUUGGAUUCCGGAAGAUCGAUCGGUUAGACGUAUGUGAACCGGCCGGGCCGGGUUUCGAUUCGGAUCGCGUUUUCUCCUCGCUGGAAAUGAAGGCAGCAGCGAAAAAUAUCCAGUGUAUCCACACGAGCAUCGACAAGGGAACGUUUCGACGCGAAUGCCACCAAGAUUGGAACAUGGGUAAUUGCGGUGCCAAUCAAGUGGCAGCUGGGCCAUAUCCGAAGGGAUCGCACGGCCUGUGUCCCUAUUUCUACAACAGUGCGUUCCAGAAUGAAUUCCGUGCCAUCCCAAAACCAAACGAGUGCUCGUCGAUUCGGGCCGUUGCCACUUGGCCGGUCAGCUUCCGGAUGGGCUUCUUUUGCGAUACGACCAGUGGCAUCACCGGGGACCUUUACGCACGAACCACCAAGGCGUACCCUUAUAACGAGCUACCCAAUGAAGUUUAAUUGGCGAUUUUAAAAUUACGACAACGUGGGAUUCCUUCCUUACUCGAGCA